CUAAAUAUACACAUCCCCGAGCGAAGCUCGGGGAUGUACCCCGCUUGCUCCAAAAAGCCGCUGAGCCCCCUACACAUUUGCCGACGACACGAAUAUCUAUUCUAUCAUAACCUUUAUCACCUUGGGAGUGUGUUCUGGGUGUUCGGUAUUACAUGAGCUUCAUGCAGCUCUAUUUAUUUUUAAAUAAAAAUGUUAAAAACUCACCUAAUCCUGCCUUUUUAUCAGUAAAGUCCUUCACACAGCGAACAAAGUUGUGUGCAGUCCUAUGGGGCUCGAUCUCAUGUAAUCGCUGUAUAUGAACCGGAAGGUAAUCGCAACUCUGUGAAGGUCAAGUCACGUGACGAGAUCGCCCGAGUAGCACGCGCGGAAGCAACUGCUGUAGCAGACGACGCGACGUCUAUACUGUGUGCAAUGUAAAUUUAUAGCGUAAUCGCCCAGAUUCAUUCAUGAUUCAGGCAGAAAUUAUUCAGCGUACGUAGAAACUGCCAUGGAAACGAGAAUGCUCAAAGAAGUUGUGGAUGAUGUGCUCGGAAGUACUUUUGUACUGAAACAAAAACAGGAGUCCAUGCUCAUAAGCGCUGCCAAAGGAAAUCACACCAUGGGGAUCCUUCCCACUGGAUACGGAAAAAGUUUGAUUUAUGCCCUCCACGCACCACUUUUGAACAAACUGAAUCCACAGAAAACACACAUAACCCUCGUAGUAAGUCCGCUUAAAAGUCUAAUGCUGGACCAGGUGCGCAGAUGGAAGAAUCUUGGCAUCAGAACUGCGGCCAUUCUUGGCCAUUCAGGUCAUGACAUGGACAGGGAGACUGAAAACGACCUGAUGAAUGGAGGGACAGACCUCGUUUUUACUUCCCCGGAGGCCAUCCUGUCCCCUAAGUGGUGGCAAUGGGUGCGGAAGUUUCAAAACAGGAUUUCGUUGCUGGUGCUAGAUGAGGUUCACUGCUUUACAAAAUGGGGUCUUACAUUCAGGGAGGAGUACCUCCGGACCACAUCUUUGACAUCCAGGCUGGCAUGCCCUAUAAUGCUUCUUACAGCCACGGCAACAAACAGAAUGGUCACAGAAAUACUUCAAAACCUGAAUCUCCGCAGGGAAGAAGUAGAAAUAUUCGCCGCUAUUCCCAACAGACCAAACAUUCAUCUAUCAGUGGUUCCGGUGAAGGACAAGUUUGAAGCCAUUGGAUGGUACUUGGAUGAAUUAAAGGAGAAGGGUGUCGAUGCUGCAAAAACCAUCAUUUAUGCACGACAAAUCGACCACGUUGCUGAACUCUACACAUGGCUCAACGAAAGCCUCGCCGAGUCCGCCCAUGCUCCAGGACCAGGGCAGUCUUGCAGUGUGGAAAGUAGACUGAUCGAAAUGUACCACGCAUCAACGGACUCAAAGAGUCAGGAACGAAUAUGUCGUAACUUUUCCACCGAAGGUUCUAAGCUGCGCUGCGUUGUAGCAACAAUAGCAUUCGGUUUGGGUGUCGACAUCGCCGACAUUGAUCAGGUUAUCCACUGGGGAUGCCCUAGUGAUGUCCUCUGCUAUUGGCAAGAAACAGGCCGAUGCGCGAGGGAUGGAAGACCCGGAAAAGCCAUUAUGUAUCUGCCACCCUUUUCAGUCAACAAGAGAUGGGUUGAUGAAGACAUGAGGGACCUUGUCCAAUCAUCCCGCUGCAUCCGGAAAUCGGUGUUGAACACGCUCUUCGUGCAUGGCAUGGAAAAGGACAAUGUACAGGUGAUGUCAUGCUGCUCAGUUUGCGACAGUGCUAAGUAAUACGGGACCCAUAGCAUGUAUCCAUUUCUAUGAGUCAGUGCACAAUUUAACACUGCGACGCUGUGCAUCCAUUCUCGUAGAAAGUGCUUUCAGCUUUUUACCAAGGUUCUUUGGAUUUCGCAACACCUCUUUAUGGUCGAACCCUUCAAAGCCUUUGUGUUGUCUGAAGGGCAAGUAUUCAAACAGUCCAAAUCCAUCGUUCUCAUCCACAAACAAUGCAACAUCUUGUUUGUAUACAUCCUCUGCUUUCUUCCUAGUUGGCGUCUUCAUGGAGACGAUCCCGGCAUCACUGAACAUGAUAUCCAGGUACCUACCAAAUGGUCCUGACAUCUUGGCACAUCUCUGCGCGUGUUUCUCAGUCACAUUUCCAUGAGCGAAGUCGAUCAUACCUGCAAAAAUUGAUACAGAAAAAAAAACAGUUAAAAUAUAAUUGUUGAGAAGAUCAAAUCAACCUUGAUUUAUAAUUGCAUAUCACGUCACCUACGCACAACGCAAAAUGCGUCAAACAUUGCAACUGACAUACCCUUGUAGUCCAUGUUAAUGUGCUCAGUACCAAGGUCCAUCCCUAUGUUUCCUCCGGGCUUGCCAGUGACAUUGAUGACUCUGUUCCAGAUCAAAUUGUUCCUGAUGUCAGAAGGAGCAAAUCCACCGAUACCUGAUGCCAUGAAAAAACAAUUUGCGAAAUCUAAAACCAACAUUUCACCAACAUGACCAAGGAAAUACUUUCUACUUUUCAAACCCCUCGUUCGAGGAUCAUUUCAUGAUGUUCAAAGGAUCGCAUGGGCACCAUCCCUUUAACGUUAACUAGCUAGGUCACUAUUAGUUUGAAUGCACAUGCCAUCAUUAUGACCGUUCAUCAGUAUACACUUUAUUAAUUGUGUGUUUGCCAGCGUCCUUCUUUCGGCAAAUGGCACAAAUCUCCUAUCUCUUAAACAAUGCUUAAUCUGUUUAUCCCCAAACUCACAAUAUGCACAUCCUGGAGGAUUCGUUGUCUAGUACACCUAAUCACAAAUGAAACGGACGUAUUCUAUGUGCAUUUCAAGUGGAAGUGGGUCUAAAAGAUGAUGUGAUGAUGUGGCACACAGAAUAUAUUUUUGGCACAUAAUAAUAAGUUUAUCGUGAGUGUCAUGAA